AUGGAGUUUAUGGGAUUUGAACAAGCAAUGAACUAUUUACUUGCUUCUGGGAUGGUUGUCAACACAUUUAUYUCAGAUCGACACACUCAAAUAGCAGCUCACUKUAAAAAMGUUUUGACACAGAUUACUCAUUACUUUGACCUCUGGCACCUCAAAAAAAAGAUCCGAAAGGUUUUGACCAAAAUAWGCAAACUGAAAGGCAACGAGACAUUGAAAGAAUGGAUUGGACCUUGUGAAAACCAUUUAUAUUGGAGCRCCACAACAACUCACUCUGGCGAUGGUCAGUUGAUUUGGGCAAAGUUCCAGUCAUUUCUCAGCCACAUAACAAAYGUACACACUGGAAUACAAAAUGUGCUAUUCAACAAGUGUGCUCAUGAGAAUGACAUUCCACAUAGGAGGUGGUUGGAUAAAGAUGAUGUGGUUUAUGACAAAAUCUUCAAAGCUCUGACAAAAGACAGCCUCAAGAAGGGUAUCAUGCAAGCAUCCCCAAUUGCCCAGACAGAUUGCUUGGAAGGUUUUCAUUCAUGCCUAAACCAAUUUGCACCUAAAAUGAUUGGCUAUUCCUACACGGGAAUGUACUGCAGACACAUCCUUGCAGUUACCCACUUUAAUUUCAACUUGAGAAGGGAUUCCAAGAUAGAUGACAAAGGUGAAGCGAAAGUGACUGUUACCUACCCUAAAUUCAAAAAUGGACAGGCAACUGUAAGGGAGGUGAAGGUUUUGCCAAAUUUUGAUUACGUUGAGGAAUUGUAUCAGAUGUUUCUAUGUAUGGAAAAACAAYAACUAAAAACUGCAGAGGAGCAUCUGAAGGCUACAACRCCUCCACCCAUGAAUACAAUGCUAGAAAAAGAAGAAAAGAAUCUGGCCAUUGCCAAGAAGAGGGCACGUAAUGGAAUGGUUUCAAAUGAUGUYCCAGCUACAGGAACAGGUUAA